UAGGAGCCGCCGGUCGGUGCAGCGCUGUGCGCUGCAUGUAUCCUCGAGCAGCAGCAGCAGCAGGACUGUGCUGCGGCGAAGCACCGCCAGGAGCUGUCAGGUGAGCCCAGUCGAAUCUCCCUUUAAGCCCUGCGUCUGCUUGCCUCUCGGUCACAAGGCUCGCCUUCUUGCUUCUCGCCACGAACCGGUGAGCUCCUUGCUUACGAGGGACCGCAGGUCUUGGGUGUCGUCCAGUUCUCUACCGAUUCAUUCAUUUGAUUCUUCGGUCACUCAUUUCCGUCUCAAGCGACGACACGCCACCAUGGCUGCUUCGGUCACUGCUACUGCUACCUUGGCUGCUGCUGGGUUCGACAAGAGGUCGAGCACUUCCUCGUCAUCCCUGCAAACUCCUGGAUCUGGUACUUUUCCGUCCGAGAUGCGCAGUCCGAUGGCUGCCUCUCCAAGCUUCCAAAAGCAGAGAGAGAACGAUCUCAAGACGCCUAUCACUCCGCCGUCAGCCUACCUGGACUUCCUGAAAAGCAUGUCACCUGCCAUGAUGAGUCCGGCACCAACCGGUACCAGCACGCGCUUCAGCUUCAACGCCGACAAGUGUUUCGACAAAGCCUCGGAAAAGGCAUCUGACAAGUCUUCCUUCAGCGGUCCAAUGUCGCAACCUCCGCUUUCGCGCAACACCUCUUACGACUCCACCACGUCUACGGCAACAACAUCUACCACCCAAAGCACGGCAUCUUCGAACAGCGCAGCGAGCACAGCUCGGCGGCACCGACCCGAAUCGCCGCGUGUAAUGAUCCCACCGUCACCGUUUGCAAAGCCUACUCUACCAGGUUCAGCGCGUACUCCGCGCAAACUCACGAUCCCACAAUCACCUCUAUCAACAGCAGGACUACCGUCAGCCAGGUCGAUAGCUUCACCAUAUUUGAUGUCUUCCACGCCGCUCAGCGCAGCGCCGUGGAGCGCAUCCUUCUCGCCUCGGGAUAUUGAUACUGAGGUGAUUAACAAGCCUGGCAAGAUGUACGUCAAGCAGGUCGUCACAAGGACCGUGACUUACUGCAGAACGCCUCUAGACACCGUGCCGGACGGUAAUCUGUGGAAGAGGAGGAAGGUUGAGCAUGACAGCUCGAAACGCGAGACAACUUCGGCAGAGCCGGAGAUCAAGCAGGAGAAGCUUGAGGCAGUUGCGGAGGAUAGCGCUUCGAUAAAGAUACCCACUGAGACGGCACAGCCUGUGGCUGUGAGCGAAGAGAAGCCGUCAUUCUAAGUGAAGUUGGCCGGUUGCUCGACGGUCUUCGAUUCUUGGCGGCACGUUUGACGACAGCGUUUGAUCAGAGAGCUGACAAUGUCGGCUCGAUAUUUCAUUAAUGAAUUACGAAGGUUACUGCUGGAAGUGGACGACGA